AUGUCACCUGCAGAAGAAGAGAAGAGCUUACCUCUUCCAGAGAGAUGGCCCCGAGCCAGCAGAUUCGCUCUGUCAGCCUGUGCAGCGGCUGUGGCAGAACUAGUGACAUUUCCCCUGGAUCUCACGAAAACUCGACUGCAGGUCCAAGGUGAAGCUGCUGUUCAUCACAAAGGAGCUGCCGGCGGCCAGGCGGUCCCUUACCGCGGCAUGCUGCGCACCGCGGCUGGCAUCGUGCGAGAGGAGGGCUUAGGAAAGCUCUGGCAAGGAGCCACACCGGCCGUCUACCGCCACAUAGUGUACUCUGGCGUUCGGAUGGUUGUGUACGAACAUCUCCGUGACUCCGUGCUUGGCAGGUCUGAGGAUGAAAGCUUUCCUUUCUGGAAAGCUGUAGUUGGAGGCAUGUCUGCGGGUGCCAUCGGACAGUUUUUCGCCAGCCCGACUGAUCUGGUGAAGGUGCAGAUGCAGAUGGAAGGAAAAAGGAAGUUGGAAGGAAAGCCGUUACGGUUUCGAGGAGUGCACCACGCAUUUAUGAAGAUCCUGUCCGAAGGAGGAAUACGGGGGCUUUGGGCUGGAUGGGUGCCAAAUGUCCAGAGAGCUGCCCUGGUGAACAUGGGAGAUCUGACCACUUACGACUCAGUGAAACACUUUUUGCUUCUGAACACGCCACUUGUGGACAAUAGCGUGACUCACAGUGUUGCCAGUUGCUGUUCUGGCCUGGUAGCUGCUGUUCUGGGAACUCCUGCUGAUGUGGUCAAAACCCGGAUAAUGAACCAGCCGAGAGACAAGCAGGGAAGAGGUCUGCUGUAUAAGUCUUCCACGGACUGCUUGAUUCAAACUGUACAGGGUGAAGGGUUUAUGUCUCUAUACAAAGGCUUUAUACCAACCUGGAUGCGAAUGGCUCCUUGGUCACUGGUAUUCUGGCUUACGUAUGAACAGAUCAGAAGGAUCUGUGGAGUUAGUUCUUUUUAA